AUGCCACAACCUCUUCAACAUAACCCUUUUGAUAUCGUUACUCAGACUCAAUAUCACAAUGUAUAUGCCGCCUGUCUGGCGUUCGAAGCUGCGGCGACUACUGGCACACCUCCUAUUCAAGUUGGUGGCAUCGACACAUUAGUCCUUGCUCGAGUUCUUGGUUACAUAUUGAUACACGCCCCUAAUGAUACUACCUUGACAAACCUAAGCAACGAAAUAGCGGAUGCUUAUGCCAUGGGUCUGGAGGCGUUGGCCGAUCUGGGGUUGCAUUACAUCAACGUGUUCAUCCGGUGCUUCAAGAGAGCAAACGGUCGUACGCCAGCGCCAUCAGAACAUCCCUCUCGGCCGUCGUUUGAUGACACUCGAGAUUUUAUGAUGCACAUCUCACAACAGUCACCCAAAGACCAUCAAACAGUUAAACGAUUAGUGCGUCCAUUUUUAUCCAAAUCUCACCAUAAGGAUCCUGCUCACGAGGCGCACGCUGGUUAUCUUGCUGCGUUACCCAACCGAACAAGUAGCACUGAAUGUGCUCAUAUCAUUCCCGAUUACGUGAACCGCGAUAUCAGUGGACCGAUUGCAGGUGGCUCCAAACAUCACCACACUAGCACUGUGUGGGCUGUUUUGAGCUGCCUUGGCCUAACAUUCGGCUGGGAAGAGCUUAUAGGCAACGAAAUCCAUCGUGUCGAGAAUGUCUUGACUCUUGAUCCUACCGCCCAUAGUUUGUUCGAUAAUCUCGACCUUUGGUUGGAUGCACUGUGA